CCAUUUAUGAUGGGAACUGCACACAUAAGUUGUUUUUAGUUUUAACUAGACUGCUUUUAACCCUCCAUUUCUUUGAACGCAGCACAGGCUGUCGCUUAGGAUGACGUCACGAAAACACGACGAGGCAGUCAGUGUGUAAAACCGACAAACACUGAUCUAUGGGGAUCAUAAUUUAUCAUCUGUGAGACUAAAAAUAAAUCAAAUUAACCGUUUUUAAGCUGUUAACAUCAGCCAUGUCUGUGAAUUAUGCUGCUGGGCUGUCGCCGUACGCAAACAAAGGAGUUUGCGGACUCCCUGAGAUUAAUCUUGAACAUAUUGUGGUGUGAUGUGUGGCAGGCAUUUGAUUGUCCAGAAGAACUGAAGAUGAAGGUUGAGGCACUAGCUCAGUUGGUAAAGGAAUCACAGUACAUGGUUGUCCACAGUGGGGCAGGAAUCAGCACCUCUGCAGGCAUCCCUGACUUCAGGGGCCCAAAAGGUGUAUGGACAUUAGAAGAAAAGGGUGAGACACCUCACUUUGAAACGACAUUUGAAGAUGCCCGGCCCAGUUUAACUCACAGGGCCCUUUUAGGAUUGCAAAGGGCUGGAUACCUCAAAUACCUCAUUAGCCAGAAUGUGGAUGGCCUGCAUGUCCGUUCAGGGUUCCCAAGGGAUCUGCUCUCAGAGCUCCAUGGAAACAUGUUUGUUGAGGAAUGUGAGAAAUGUGGAAGGCAAUAUGUGAGAGACAAGGUGAUCGGCGUGAUGGGGUUGAAACCAACAGGACGUUACUGCGAUGUUGUCCGCUCCAGGGGUCUCAGAGCCUGCAGAGGGAGGCUGAUCAGCACCAUCCUGGACUGGGAGGAUGCGCUUCCCGACAAAGACCUGAACAAAGCAGAUGAUGCCAGCAGACGAGCAGACCUGGCAUUGACCCUGGGCACAUCCAUGCAGAUCAAACCCAGUGGAGACCUUCCCCUCCUCACUAAGCGCAACGGUGGAAAAGUGGUCAUAGUCAACUUACAGCCCACCAAACAUGACAAACAUGCAGACCUGCGCAUCCAUAGUUACGUGGAUGAAGUCAUGAAAUGGCUAAUGGAGCUGCUGGGACUGGACAUUCCAAAGUGGGAGGGGCCAACAGUCUGUGAAACCUCCAUACUCACCUCUGACGGCAACACAGACAUUAAACCACCUCGUGUGAACAGUGCUAAGGGUAAAGUGAAACAGGACAUCAUUAAGGAGGAGAGAAAAAGAACAACACAGCAAGCCAACAGCGAAAUUGUUAAGGAUGAGGAGGACGUUUUGCUGAAGCGAGAGAGAACAGACUCUCCAGUGAAGAUAAAUGAAGAAAAAUAGUCUCAGGUAUUGUUCUUAUAACAACCUCA